GAAUAAGUCCAUAUUCCACCUAGCUACGGAGAGCAGGAUCAAGAUACAUUCAUGUUACUGAUGCAUGUAACUGAGGCUUCUGUCUGACCCAGGAUAUUGCCCUGAGUGGUAUAAUCACUCGUCUCUGUGCUUGUGUAAGGAACCCAGAGACAUUUUAGAAUUCUGCCAAGACAACUCAGAACGAGUGACCAGCCUGAAAAGGACUCCUUCCUGAAAUGGUGACUCAGCAAAUAGCUCAAUAUACGAAUGCAAGUGUGAAUGAAGAGACAUGUAAAAAAUUCCACCAUGAAGAUCGAAUAAUCACCAAUGUUCUCCUAUACCUAGGAUUUUUCUUCAUCGUCAUUUUUUUUGUGUGGAUGGAAUAUCAUAAUCAUGAGAAAAGGAAGAAGGAAGAGCAAGGAGAAUUGCAAAAGGAAAUUGAUCAGAGAAGAGCCCAAUUUAGGAAUGACUGGCAGAACGCAUCAUUGUACCCUGACUGGAGGAAAGAAUUUUUCCAGGCUGCAAAUGUUAUUCUAGAUCCAACCACAGCCCAUCCUGCACUCGUCUUGUCUGAAGAGAACAGAUGUGUAAGCUGUGGAAAGAAGCCUCAAGAUCUACCUAAGGACCCACAGAGAUUUAAUUCCCUUCCCUGUGUUCUGGGACACCCAGUCAUCACCUCAGGGAGGUGCUACUGGGAAGUAGACAUCAGAGAUAGUGGAGCCUGGGACCUGGGAAUAUGCAGGAAUAAUGUAAUGAGGCAGGGGAGGAUUUGUAUAAAACCUGAGGAUGGUUUCUGGGCCAUCAGGUUUUAUAAAGAUGAGUACUGGGCACUCACUUCUCCAGAAAUGCAGCUUACUGUAAGAGAGCACCCUACCAGAAUGUGUAUUUUCUUAGAAUAUGAGGAUGGACGUAUCUCAUUCUACAAUAUGACAGAUAAAUCCCACAUUCACACCUUCUCUCAAGGUUCCUUUAAUGGGUCUGUAAGGCCCUUUUUCAGGCUUUGGCUCAGUGAUUCAAAACAUUUGACCAUCUGUCCAGUGCCUGAAGCAUAACCCUUACUGUGAUCCCUCCCCUAUAUUAGCAGCAUCCUAAGACCUGCAGGUCAGUCUGGAUUGAAGUACGAGGACAUGGCAUGAAUUCUCCUAUAUCAGAAAUAAAUUAUUUUUUCUUGUCCUUUUCUUUGCUUCUCCCUAACAUUUUAUCUCCUUCAUCAAUGACUCCUCAAAGGCAUGGUGCAGCAUGCUUAUGCUAUGUUUAAUGAAAAUGUAUAUACAUAUAUAACAUAUGCACAUUCAUAUAAUAUAACCAUUUUAUUACUAUAAAUGUACACAAGGAACUAGUGUGUGUGAUUGCCCAAACAAUGUUGAAACUUCUUUAAUAUCUGACAAAGGUAAGAAUAAGGAGAAUGACCUUUUAUUUUAUACUCCUUUGUAUCUUUGGGUUUUGAACUAUGUUUAUAAAAUGAUAUGCAGAAAAAUAAAAUUAGUUUCAAAUGCAUGAAAAAUUGAAGUGUUGUAAGUUGUCUACUCAGUAAGACAUUCACAGGGAAGCAAGUAUUUCUUAGUUUAUUUCCUCAAUUUAUCCUUUCCUUUUCAUGAAAUUCAUUCUUACACUUUUUAUUCUCUUCACUCUUGUGAAAUAUGGAUAUUCCUUUCUGUUCCUAUCACCAUUUAUAUUUUUAGAGACCAUUUUCUUAAUUUAUAUGUAAUCAAAUUAACUUUUUAUAAUACAAGCCUGUGAGUUUUAACAUUUUUAGAAACUCAUGUGGCCACUGCUACACUCAAGAUAAAAGAUAAGGACACAAGUUCCUUUGUCCCCAUCCACACUUUCAUGUUGUUCUCUUAUAGUCAAACUUUUUGUAAAUACCCUGCCAGCAAAAAAAAAAAAAAAAAAAAAAAAAAAAAAAAUCAGAUUUCUGUCCCUAUGCUUUUGUACUUUUUAGAUGUCACAAAAAUAAAAUCGUAUAGUAUGCUAUGUUUGGAGAUUGCUUUUCAUUCAGAAUGAGGCUGUUGAUGUUCAUCCAUGUUAACGUAGGCAUUAGUACUUCAUUUCUAAUAUUUGCUGUGUAGUGUUCUAUUGAAUGAAUAUACCACAGUUUGUCUCUUCACUCACUGAAUACCAUUUUGUUGUUUCCACUUUGGGAUUGUAAUCAAUAAAGCUGCUAU